AUGGAACACUCGGUGCUCAGAAUAACGCGCGUCCUGGUGAUUAUCUGUCUCUUGGAUAAAAGGGUAGACUCCAAUGAAAUUUUGGGCCUGAAGCUCCCAAACAUCGACCCGAUCCUGAAUGCCAACACGGUGUGUCUGACGCUGCCUGGCUUGACGCGGCGCCAGCUGGAGGUGUGCAUGCGUAACCCAGACGUGACAGCUUCUGCAAUCCAGGGAAUCCAGAUUGCCAUCCACGAGUGCCAGCACCAGUUCAGAGGGCACCGCUGGAACUGCUCCAGCCUGGAGACUAGGAACAAAAUACCCUACGACAGCAUAGUCUUCAAAAGAGGCUUCAGAGAGAGCGCCUUUGCGUACGCCAUCGCGGCGGCAGGUGUGGUGCACGCAGUGGCCAACGCCUGCUCCAUGGGCAAGCUCAAGGCGUGCAGCUGCGACGAGAAGCGGCGCGGGGACGAGGAGGCCUUUCGCAUCAAACUUCACCGGUUGCAGCUGGAGGCCAUCCACCGGGGGAAGGGGAUGGUACACGGCGUCAUGGAGCACUUCCCCGCCGACCUGCCGGGACCUCAGGACUCCUGGGAGUGGGGCGGCUGCAGCCCCGACGUGGAAUUCGGGGAGAAGUUCUCGAGGGACUUCCUGGAUGCCCGCGAGACCUACAAAGACAUCCACGCCCGUAUGAGGCUACAUAAUAAUCGAGUCGGGAGGCAGGUGGUGCUCGACCACAUGAGAAGGAAAUGCAAGUGCCACGGGACGUCGGGGAGCUGCCAGCUGAAGACCUGCUGGCAGGUCACCCCGGAGUUCCGGGUGGUGGGCUCCAUCCUCAAAGAGCGCUUCCACAUCGCCACGCUUAUCAAGGCCCACAACCGAAACACCGGACAGCUCGACCACUCCCACCACAACAACAACAACAACCACCACAACCAUCACAACCACCACAACCACCACCACCAUCACCAUCAUCAGAACAACCACCACAACCACCACCACCACACGCAUCGGCGGCGGCCAAGCAUCAACGAACUGGUCUACUUUGAAAAGUCGCCGGAUUUCUGCGAGCGCGACCUGGGGUCGGACUCGGCGGGCACGCAGGGCCGGAUCUGCAACAAGACCAGCCCUGGCAUGGACAACUGUGAGAGUCUUUGCUGCGGGAGAGGCCACAACAUCCUGCAGCAGACUCGGAGCGAACGCUGCAACUGCAAGUUUCACUGGUGCUGCUACGUGGUGUGCGAAGAGUGCAGGAUAACAGAGUGGGUCAGUGUCUGUAAAUGAAGAAACACACACUAAAAGACUGGACACAAUAAAGAAAACAAAGAAAAAGAGACCUUUUUAAACCAAGACUUUUAAGUUGAAAGGGGAAUAUGACUGUAAUAUACGUGCCCCAUACCUAUUUGCGGUGGACUGCUGUUUAUCCAGAAGAGCAGGGACAGAGUGUGAAGCAGUUGAGCCAGCAGAAAGAUAGAUGUGCAUGUUGGUGAAAGGUAGUGCACAUGCGGCAUACGUCUAAAGCUGCCACAACUCAGAGAGCUUGGAUGUUCACCGCUUUCCUCUCGAGACAAAGGAACGCAGUUAAAUCAGACACAUGUCCGAAAAAGCUCCAGAUAUGACAAACAACGCAUUACGGUUGUUUCAUCAGCGUGUGUCGGCUGACGUACUGAUGUGCAUGAGAUUCAGGUGAGCAAAGAGGAAGCUGAGAAUAAGCAGUAGAUUGCAUGCAGAAAGAAAAUAAAUGUUGCUUCAUAGCACCGGCAAUAUGUUGGUAGGCGGAAGAGCUGAUGUCUGCAUCCCACCAGGCUCAAAAAAAAAAUGGGGAAGACAUCUGAUCUGAUUUCAGACAGAUCAUACAUUAUACAGUAGUCCCUCAUUAACCUAUACAAUGACUUACAGCUUAAAUGUUACACAGUAUUUGCCAUGUCUCUUAUCUAAUGCGUACAGGGACACAUAUACCAGUAGAUACUUUUCACACAUCAGGACUCACAAUGCACAGGAUUUGGCACAGCAUAACACACCAGGAGCACUUAAGGAUUUAGUGCCUUGUUCAAGGGCAGGUCGGACAUCUCAAUGUUUAUAGCAACUAUCAUGUAACAGCUACAAGUACAUCAGGGAAUCAUUAUAUCUGUAUCAGUCAAUGUCACUAUGUUGUAUGCAUCGUGUGUAACCCUGCUGACAGUGAUGACACCCUUCAAUCAAUACAUUCACUCAUUUUGGGAAAAAAAAAAAAAAAUAGAAGAAGAAGAGAAAAAAUAAAGACAGAGUGGUCUGGGCAUAACGAUUCUCCAAAUCCACGAUUCAGUUUGACUUUCAAUUGUUAAGGUCACACUUCAAUUCACUGUAAUUUACAUUUUUAAUGCUUCCCUUAAAUAAGCAGACAAACUGUCACAGGCAUCUAUUCUGUGCAGCAGCGGGGCCAGCAGCAGAGUCACAACAUGUGAUGGCAAAGGAUUAUUUGCCAAUAUUUAGGAUUUAAACCCAGUGCUUACAGGGAAACUGAUAAUGUUAAUCUUGGAAAAAGAGUUGGUUACCUCACUGAGAAGUUGAAGGUGUGCAGCCUGUCGACGGCAGCUCUUUAUCUAACAACUCCUUGUUUCAUUACUCCCACAAACGUUUAUAACAGUGCUCCCUGACUGUAAAGUCGAUGAACACAUUGCAUUUCCUGUGACUAGCAUACUUCAAAUUAAAAGCACUUUUGUGUUUCACCAAUUGAAUGCUUUUAAUGUGAAGCUGCAGCUGUAGGAAAUGCUUGUUUGCAUUAGCGGUAACACAAUGCUCAGUGGAUAGUGAGUGGCUUUUCUUGAGAAUCAAAAUCGUGACACCCCUACUUACAUUGGCAGGCUGCAUUAAAGGGGGCAAAUGUUUAUUAAAUAAUGGUCACUGCAAAGGAGGACGUCACGGUGAAGAAGAAUCAGAGUCAAAAGCUGAUGGUCUGAUUGUUGGUGCCGCGUCCUUGGAUUUCUCAUCAGACCCUUAGAACAAAACCAUUUCCUUUCCACUAAUUGAGGGUGCUGACAUUGAGAACGCAGCCUCCAAUAGAGUCAGAACAAGCACUCUCCCUCUACACCAUACGGUUAAUUCUGUGAAAUCCAUGUGAAAAUUGCUGUUUGAAAACCAUUGUGACCAGAGCUCGUACACCUGAAAUAAUAUACUACAGCCUCCCCUCAAACACAAGCACAGAUCCAUUGUCCUGAUGUUUGUCCAAAAUGUCACACGUGUUGUCUGUGGUAUGUAAUGUAAGAGGACUGCCAGAGUACUGUGCACAGCAGACCUUAAUCUAACAAGUUUGCAUCUUCAGCAUGAUCUGAACAGGACUGUAAAUAAAACUGAAUAAUGCUGCACUCAAACAAGUGAUACAUUUGAAGUGCCAGUUUUCAGUUCCCCGCACUAUAAAACAUGCCGAGCGUUCAUCAGUCCUCCUGUCUUGUGGUGCAUUGUACCGUGUGCAACACUGUAAGCUUCUUGUGAUGUAUCUACACUCACCUUCUUCACACUUCUUCAACGUGUGCAAAUAGGGAUAAUCUGAUGUCAAAGUAUAUAUAAAUAGCAACGUUGAUAUGGAUUCCUGCCUAUGCACAUUUUGAAGAUUGUAUUUGGUCUCGAGAAAACUUGUAUGAGUGAGGCUCCUUAUCAGACGGCGUAAUUUAUUUCAAGCAAAUGUGUUUCUGUGUUGAAAGCAGAGGGGAAAAAAAACGAGAGAGAAAUCAUCUGGGAUUAUGUUUCCAGUGUUACAGAUUAUUAUGAUUCUGAUAAGUAGUUUGCACAUACAGAACUGUGUCCAGGAAAAAAAAAAAAAAAAAAAAACUCUGGGAGAAAUCAGCAAUAUGCAUCUUUUUUUUUCAUGUCAUAAAUGUAAUGUAUGUAUGUAUUUUUAUGUUUUAAUAUGGUUAUUAUCUAAGUUAUUUUAUUUUUGUGGAUAACUUAAUAUUUGUAAGACAAUAAAGAAAGACCAUAAUGUGGCCGUACAGUAGGGGCUUCAAUGUGAUGAAUAAUAAAAAUACAUGAAAGCAG